AUGAAUUUAAGGGAUCAGCCACUGUUAAGUAUAGAAGAACGCCUCAAGAAGCUUGAUGAAAUCGAUGCAAAAGUUAUGCAGAUUAUGGAGUCUUCUGGUGGCACUCUAGAUGAAUUAUCAAAAGAUGUUCCCAAUCAAAAGCAAAUCGAGAUCCACACUCGCAAUUUUAGAACCGCCAUCCGCGAUGUAGAACUUGAAUUAAUUACCCAGCUAAAUUAUCUCGGCCAAGUUCUUACUGGUCUUCCAUUCGAAAAGAAUUCUUUUGAAACAGGUUCGUCUCCUAAUAACAUACUAGCGGAGGAUUUUGCUCCGCCUUCUGAAACAGAUGAAUCUGAUCCAGUUGUUUCCAGUACAGUAAACGAUUUAGAACUAUACUUCGCUGAAACAUCCUGCGAAGCAACUGAAUUAUCCGAUUCCACUCCAUGCAAUGAUCUUUGGGGCGUGGUUCCUACUAAAAUGGCGCAUUCCUCUCAUACCACUGAAGAUGACACCCCUGAUAUCUCAAUUCAUGAAUUCGAAAUUCCGGAAUACGAAUUUGAUGAUGAAAUCUUAUCUUUGCAGGGUGAUAUAGGUCGUUACUUUAUUCAAUUUUUAUUUUUUGCUGAGCUAGUUGGUCGAAUUACCCCGGAUGGACUUAUAGACGAAGAUUUCGAGCAAGAAUUAGGUUGGCUCAAUAAAAAUGCUCGCCGUGGUGAUAAUUACUGA